GAAGAGUCGGCGACCUUUCCGGUGGAGCAGAUGCCAGAAGCCUUGGAGCCUCCGACCUUCGCGCUGUGGGAAUCCGAGCAAGUCAGCCUGCCUGCUUCGAAGGAAGAAGCAAAGGCUUCAACAAAGCCGUCAUCGCAGCGUGAAGUUGUGACCUCCGUUGAUGAAUGGUUCAAUUUGGGGGAGAUCUUCGGUUGCUUUAUGCCGAGAGACAAGUGCUGA